AUGACUGUUAAGAACAAUGCUGUAGAAGUAGUUAAGACCGUGGGCUUGUUUUUGGCAGCGGGAGUGUGUGAGAUCGGAGGCGGCUGGCUCGUCUGGAAGUGGAGGAAAGACGGGUGGCAUUGGGGCUACGGAAUACUCGGCAGCCUGAUUCUCGUUGCAUACGGCAUCAUCCCCACUCUCCAGGACAACGACUUUGGGCGCAUUUACGCCGUGUACGGCGGCUUCUUCAUCGUGCUCUCGUUCCUCUGGGGCUGGGCGUUUGAUGGGAAUAGGCCCGACAAGUGGGACCUGAUUGGCUCCGCGAUAGCGCUCACUGGAGUCUGCUUUAUCAUGUUCAUGCCUCGCAAGAGCGCUGACCCGCCCCCUGUGAUUGCACCGGAACCAAGUCCCCUUUAG